UAUUCACCUUUACCAUUGCUUCAAUCACCCGCGCAUUGCUCAGUAGUCCUGUGCCCUAUCAUCCUCGCUGCCGACAUACCUAUUCCUAGAACCCGCUCUCUGCCCACCAGGAUGUCUCAGCCGCAGACCGGCCUGCUUAAAGCGGCGGGACCUCAGCUCGAUAAACAGGAAUGGACUUUUCGUCCCGGAGUAUAUUGCUGGCAUUUAUCCUCUCUCGCCGGCCAGUCCAUAAAACGAAGCUCCGUCCGCUCGAUACGUAUACAUAGGUAUACAAACCUACCCUCCGUCUCCAGGUCCCUCUUCCUCCUUUUCCUCCUCCUUGCCCUCGUGUCUGUGCCCGCCUAUGGCAAUGUCCUCUCAGGGCAAGCAAGGGCGGGAGAGCCAGGCCGCCGCCCGAGCGAGUGCAAGACGGCUCCCAGCGACGCCCGGUGGCCCUCCGAAGCGGUCUGGGCCCGAUUCAACGAGUCUGUCGGGGGAAGACUUCUCCGGCCGACUCCGCCAGGAGCUGUCUGCCAUCCCAGACAGGUCGCCUACGAUGCCGGCCGGUGCGCAGCCGUUGCCGCAGGGUGGUUCAGCUAUGACUUCCACCAGGACGACCCCGUCUCAAACAUGUGGCAGCAAUUCAAUAAUGACACCUGUCUUCCUAACCCAGGUGCUCCGUGCAGCCCUGACGGAUAUCCUGCCGCGGUCGUGAAUGCGACGAGCGCCCGCGACGUCCAGCUCGGUCUGCAGUUUGCGCGGGCACACAACAUCCGAGUGGUAGUAAAGAGCACCGGCCACGACUACCAGGGGCGAUCGCAAGCGCCGGGAGCUCUCUCGAUCUGGGUUCACCACCUACGAGGGCUGCGCACGCACACUUCCUUCAGGCCGCAGGGCUGCAACCUCACCAUCGACAGCCCGGCCGUGACGGCGGGAGGCGGGUCUCAGAUGAUGGAUCUGUACAGCGAGCUGGACAAGAUCAACCGGACCAUAGUCGGCGGCAACAGCAAAUCCGUCUCCGUCGGCGGAUACAUAAGCGGCGGCGGCCAUUCCGUCCUCUCACCGCGCUACGGCCUCGGCGCGGACCAAGUCCUAGAGAUGGAGGUCGUGACGCCGAUGGGCGACAUUGUCGUGCUGAACGAGUGCCAGAACCAGGACUUGUUCUGGGCCGUGCGAGGCGGCGGCGGCUCGACGUUUGGCGUCAUGACCUCGGUCACGCUAGCCACGCACCCUUCGCCGCAGAUAGUGGGGUUCGACAUCGGCGUGUACACGCUCGACCUCAACGCUACGUACAUAUGGGACAUGGUGGGGUAUCUGCUCUCCCAAUUUCCCUACCUCACGUCCGAGGGCGUGUCGGGAUACAGCUACAUCUCGGGGAACCUCGUGCAACCCGACGGGAGCGGCGGCACGGUAACCGGAGCCGGCAUGGCAGCCAUCUUCCUCGUGCAAGACACCCAAGACGUCAACGACGCGCUCUCCAUCCUGGCGCCCGUCUUCGACCACAUCGACCGGACCUGGCCGGACGUGGCUCACGUAGUCGCCGCGCAUCCGUACCGGUCUCUGCUGGACUGGUUCGACGCCCACUACGACCGCGCGCUGGCCGGCUCUGACGUCUGGGCUGGCUCGCACCUCCUCGACGCCGCGGCCUUCGAUAGGAACAGCGCCACCGCCCUCGGCGAGGCCUUCGGCGCUUUCGGCGGCGCCGUCUUCCUCGUCGCCGGGCGCGGCGUCUGGGAGGCGCGGCCGCGAGGCGGCGGCAACGCGGUGCAUCCGUCGUGGAGGCGAGCUCUCGGCCACGCCCUCGCGUCGGCCGUCUUUCCGCCGUUGGAUGGCGGCGCGAGGCGGGAUGCCCUCGCCGACGUCAACGCGAGGACGGAGCUGCUGCGGCGGCUAGCGCCCGACAUGGGAGCCUAUGUGAACGAGGUGAGCGCCGCACCCACCUCUUCUCUCCUCUACCCCUCUUUCCCUACCGACCCCGAUCGUCACACGCUGUCUGUCGGGCUAAUCGGCCGCGAAAACGCACAGAACAACCCCGGGGAGCCGGACUGGCAGCUCGCGUUCUGGGGGGACAACUACGACCGCCUGCUGCAGAUCAAGCGGGAGGUGGACCCGCUCGACAUCCUCUGGUGCCACCCCUGCGUGGGCAACGAGCGCUGGAGGGAGGACGGGUAUCGGUUGUGUCGCGUAGACGAUUUCGGCGUCUCGCGCUAAUCGUUGCCACUAUGGAACGCUAGCAACUGUAGGUAGUAAUAAUACUCUAGUCACAGAAAUCAUGCGGACUACUGGCAUGGGGAUAUAGGCCAGCCGGAUGUUACCUAGGUUAGGUAGGCAUUUCUACCAUUCCGAUUCAUAUGGGUUAGUAGUCCCGCUGUCACCUUGAUCG